AUGGAGUCAUCUGGCGCAGACAAGGGCUUCUUCCAGCGACCUCCCUCCUUGGUGAAUCAAUUCUACGAGGAUGCCACUUAUCAACGCUGUUUUAAACUAUUUCUGCCAGCCGAAUUGAGGGAGCAAAUUGAACCAGAAGUGGCAAAGCUUGGUCAAGAGGUGUUGGCUGACAGAAUAUUCGCCUGGAUCACAGAUGCGGAGCGAAACAAGCCGUAUCUCAAAGGAUCUGGCCGGAAUGCAUUUGGGCAAUGGCAAGGAAAACUCAUCAUGGCAGAAGGGUGGCGCCAGCUGCAGGAAUUUGGCUUCGCGAAAGGUUUUGUCGCCGAUGCCUAUGACACCCCGUACGGGCCUUUCGCACGAAAUAGACAGUUCCUCCGCUUGUUUCUGUGGGAAGGGUCAUCUGCAAACGUUACGUGCCCCACCGCGAUGCAAGAUGGCGCAGCUAGGAUGCUACAGGUGCAUCUAACCACUCCCAGCCUGGCAGCCAAACUAUCAGAGACAGAAAAGAGAGUAUUUGAGAAUGCGUUCCAACACUUGACGACCCGAGACCCCAAGUUUUCAUGGACCAGCGGGCAAUGGAUGACCGAAAGGCCUGGUGGAAGCGACGUAUCAUUGACUGAGACGACAGCUGUUUAUCAGCCAAAUGAGACCAAGGCGAUGGCAUCCAAAGAAGAGGGCAUCCCGCUAGGCCCAUGGAGCAUCAACGGAUUCAAGUGGUUUUCGUCCGCCACUGAUUCCGACAUGACGAUUCUGCUUGCAAGAACUCCAGCUGGCAAAGUGUCUACCUUUCUUGCGCCACUUCGGAAGCAUGAUCCUGCUGCUUUGAGUGAAUCUGGAAAUCCCGAUCCAAAUGGACAGUGCCUUAACGGCGUGCGCAUUCAGCGUCUUAAGAAUAAGCUCGGGACCCAAUCUCUCCCCACAGCAGAGCUCGUCCUGGAAGACAUGCGUGGGUGGAUUAUCGGGGAAGAAAACCGCGGCAUUCAGGAAAUCUCCGUCCUGCUGCACUUGACGCGAAUACACUCCACCAGCCAAGCAGUCGGAUACUUGGGCCGUGGCCUAGCAGUCGCGCGAGCAUUUGCGAGAGUCAGGGACGUCGGGGCCGGCAGAGGCGCUAGAAUGAGACUGACUGACAGCUCACUGCAUAUGAAGACAUUGGCACGGAUGACUGCCGAGUACAGACGGAUAAUGCUUCUGCACAUGUUUACCGUGUAUAUCCUUGGGCUGUCUGAACAUCCGACGGAAAUGGGGGCGGAUAUAACACCAGCGCUCAAGGCAUAUGUCUGCAACUCAGCCCUGAGAUUGCUGUAUUCCUGUAUGGAAUCGAUCGGUGGCGUGGGCUAUCUGCUGAACGAGGAACAAGAAUAUCUCAACAUUGCGCGUCUCUAUAGAGACGCUGCUGUGCUACCCAUCUGGGAGGGUACUACCGAUUUGCUGAGCACUGACUUUAUUAGGGCACUCAAGCGUCCUGAAUCUGGAGUGCAGUCACUUGAUGCCUUGGACCGCUUCAUUAAACAGGCAUUUUCUUUGGGUGGAGAUGCCUCUAAUCACCAAAGAGUGGUGAAAAGGUGGGAGAGUGAGAGAAACCGCAUUACCAGGGAAUCUCAAAGCGAUCUUGUCGGCAAGGGCAGAGACAUCAUGUGGUCUGUUACGGAAGUUUUGAUGGCAGCUUUGCUGCAUGUCGACGCCAACAACGACGGGGAUGUCACUGAGCGAGAAAUUCUGCAACGGUAUUUGGAGGACAGAUUCUCGGUAAAAGAAAGAGUUGGUGUAUCCACAAGGGAAGAGCUGGAAAAGGACUUUACCAUUGUGUAUGGCGAAGAAAGAUCAAAGACUGGCUCCAAUCUGUAA